AUGGCGUCCUCAAACGUGAACAUCUUGCUUUCAUCCUUUCCCGGUCUUUCGCUUCCGCCAACUGUGUCGUUCUCGUUGCCUUCAACCUCCAGCAUCUCGGACCUGACGGAGAAAGUCGCCUCAUAUCUCCCAUCGUCACUUUCUCUCCAGUCCCUGGUCCUUACAACAACAAAUAACAAGCAAAUCACACCUUCUACGGACUCCGUACUGUCCCUGAUCGUUCGCGAUGGCGCUUCUAUGGCCUCCACUCUCCUCCCUGUCCGUCUCUCCGUCCCCAUGUGCGGUGGUAAGGGUGGUUUCGGAUCUCAGCUUCGUGCCGCCGGUGGCCGCAUGUCCAGCAAGCGCAAGCGCAACCAAGGCGACAACAACAGCUCCAGCCGUAACCUCGAUGGACGCCGUCUCCGUACAGUGGCCGAGGCCAAGUCACUCGCUGAAUACCUUGCUGUUAAGCCCGAGAUGGACAAGAAAGAGAAGGAGGAGCGCCGCCAACGUUGGCAGGCCGUCGUCGAACUGGCUGAGAAGCGCCAGGACGAGCUCAAGAGCGGUGGCGGAAGAGAGAAAAUCGAUGGUCAGUGGAUGGACGAUAAGGAGGAAAUGAACGAGAAGGCGCGCGAAGCUGUUCUAUUGGCUAUGAAGGAUGGGUCCUGGACCGACAAUCUUCGAGAUGCAAUCCUGGGUGGCUCGAGUACCAGUGCCAGCGAGGGCAGUGAUCACAUGGAUUCGUCUAGCUCCGAUGAGGACGAGGAGGAGGACGACGAAAAUGCAGUUUCUUCGAGCGCCGCUGGACCCUCUGCGCCCGCGCAGAAACCUGCUCCCCGUCGGUUCAUUGGCUUUGACGAUGACGAUGAAUUCAUGAGCGAUUCGGACGAGGAAGAGGAGACGGAUGUCAAGGGCAAAGGCAAAGCACGAGCCUAA